AUGUCAUCCUCAAUGGACGUGCUGCGAAAAUUUGCUAAAUUCGUUGGCCCAGGGAUUAUGGUCUCAGUGGCAUACAUGGAUCCAGGGAAUUACUCAACAAGUGUUUCCGGUGGUGCUCAAUAUAAAUAUAAAUUACUAUUUUCCAUAUUCAUAUCAAAUUUAUUCGCUAUCGUUUUACAAUGUCUAUGUGUCAAAUUAGGAACCGUAACAGGUUACGACUUGGCUGAAAACUGUCGUCGUAAUUUACCAAGAAAAAUUAAUCUCACUUUAUAUUUCUUUGCUGAAUUGGCUAUCAUCGCUACAGAUCUAGCAGAAGUAGUAGGAACUGCUAUUGCUUUACAGAUCUUAUUCGGUAUUCCCUUAACAUGGGGUGUCAUUCUAACUGUCCUAGAUGUCCUCGUGAUAUUACUAUUUUAUAAACCAGAGGAACAAUCUAUGAAAAGAGUUAGACUAUUUGAACUAUUCGUUGGUACCCUUGUCAUCGCUACAUGCUUCUGCUUCUUACUAGAAUUAUUUAAAAUCAACAUUCCUCAUAAGAAAACUUUAUUCGAAGGAUUUUUACCAUCUAAGGUCAUCUUUGAAGACAAACAAGCGUUAUACAUUUCAUUAGGUAUUCUAGGUGCUACAGUUAUGCCACAUUCACUUUAUUUGGGUUCAUCUUUAGUUAAACCAAGAUUACAAGAACACGAUAUGAAGAAAUAUGGUAAAGUUGAAGCUCGUCCAAGUUUGAGUGCUAUCAAAUACAGUUUAAAUUAUGCUUAUGCUGAAUUAAUCAUUUCUCUUUUCUUAAUCGCCACAUUCGUUAAUUCAGCAAUUUUGAUCGUAGCAGGUGCAUCUUUAUUUGGACAACCAGACGCCGCUGAUGCUGAUUUGUUAUCAAUUUACGAAUUAUUGGUACAUUACAUUUCACCUGCUGCAGGCUUAAUCUUUGCAUUAGCAAUGUUAUGUUCUGGCCAAUCUGCCGGUAUCAUUUGUACAAUGGCAGGUCAAAUCGUUUCUGAAGGUUUCCUUGAAUGGUCAUUACCCCCAUGGGCAACGAGAUUAUGUACAAGAUUAAUCGCCAUUAUCCCAUGUUUGUUCGUCACACUAACUAUGGGUGAACGUGGUAUUUCUGAUAUCUUAAACCUUUCUCAAGUCGUAUUGUCAUUGAUUUUACCAAUCGUCUCUGCUCCAUUAAUUUAUUUCACAGCUUGUAGAAAAUUAAUGACUGUGCCAGAUGUUUAUGGUGAAAAUAAUGGAACUUUAGAGAAUAACGAUGCAGUUAUUGAUGAACAUACACCAUUAACUUUGGAACGUAAGAAACUAGAAGCUGAUUUCACAAAUAGUCGCUGGCUAACGUGGUUAGCUGUUUUAAUUUGGGCUACCAUUGGUGGUUUGAAUUGUUACUUGGUAGGAUCUUUCCUAAUGGGUGCCGACGUUCAUUUCUAA